UUUUUCGGUUCUUGCUUUCGUUUUCGUACCUGAUUUGUUGUGCCACAAAUGUGCGCGCUUAUGUGACCUCUCACACUACUGAAAAAGUUUCACUGAAAAACGAAGGACGUAUUGACCGCAGUUGCAGGCUGGGAGCAACUGGUUGCAGUCUCUACUGCGCGGUUCCAGUUGCACAAAUUAAAUGUCGUCGCAAGUACAUGAACACGCCGCAGCUUCGGUGCUACCUGAAGGGUUUUCUGGAGGACCGCAUGGUUUGGGUGACCCGAAUGAUCGACGGCUGAGGAAAGUAGAAGUUGAGGUCCUAAUUCCUCAAAAGAUGAGAGACAAGGCACGCGACGAAAAGUGUGCGGAUCUCGUUGAAAAAUUUGGUGAAUGCAGCAAAAGAGAAGGUUUGAUGCUACCAUUCAAGUGCCGGCAAGAGAACAAUGCCCUCAAGGCAUGCUUGAAAAAGUGGUAUGAAGAUCCCGAGUUCCAACAUAUGUGCAGAGAAGAGUACCUGAGGGAAAGGAGCAAGUUUCGGGAGACGGGUGUGUGGCAAAAGAAGGACAAGUGUGCCGACGUUAGGAGUAAAAAGGCUCUCGAGUCGCCCAGUAAUGCAUGAUCAAGGUGCAGCGCAAGUAGUGUUCGUUUUUUUGUUUUUCCCCAGGAGUGCAUGCAUGUUGUUCCUUAAGGUAAAGUGCUUGACCAUUGGUGAAUAAAACUUUUUACAACUCUGUGAUACAAA